CAUACAUAUACAUACACAUAUCACACUAAAAUCACCAUAAACCCAUCUUUUCAAUCCAAACCCAUAUUCAGUUAACUCAAUCACUAUGCAAUAACACCAUGGAAUCACUAGAUAUCACACCAAAUAAACAAAAAACCCAAACCCCUGUUUUCGACAACAUUCUUCGAUCAAAUCAAUCGUUUCGACCCAUUAGUUCGUUACAAAUCCUGAAAGAAACUAUCAGAAUUUUAAUCUCUAAUCCAGCUACAUUCAUUUCUAUUAUCACAAUUCUAAUCUACCCUGUUUCAGCUAUACAUUUAUCGAAUCUGUUCAUCGAUCAAUCUAUCGUAAAAACAACCACUAAAACACUCCUGUUUAUAACCAAAUCAUGCGGGCUUCCAUCAAUGCCAUUUGUGAAACAAUCUUGUCAGAAAGUAUCAGAACUUGUGAUCUCCACGUUGGUUUCUUUCCCUUUGUAUUGCACUUUGUUGUUGAUCUCAAAAGCUGCUGUUGUGUACUCUGUUGAAUGUAGUUAUUCGCGAAAGAAGUUUGUUUCGUCGAAAUUCUUUGUUAUUGUUAGAACCGUUUGGAGGCGAGUUGUUUCAACUUAUAUGUUGGUUUGUGCGUUGAUCGUUGGGUUUCUCACUUUGUUUGUGAUCGUGUUAAUCUGUGUCGUUGGAUUGCUUUAUGCUAUCGGGUUUUCGCACAAUGCAAUCGUGUGCAUUGUUGUUGUAACUGGAUUGUUGUUUUUGGUGGUUUUCGCUCACACCCUUAUUAUUUGUGAUCUUUGUAUGGUGAUUUCGGUGUGGGAAGAUGUUUCGGGGGCUCAAGCGUUGAUGAGGUCUAGAGUGCUAAUUAAGGGUCAGACUCAAGUUGGUUUGGUUAUAUUUGUUGGAUCGACGAUUGGAAUGGCGAUCGUUAAAGGAUUGUUUGAGCAUCGGGUGAAAAAUUUAAGUUAUGGAGAUGGGACUUCGAGGGUAUGGGAACGGCCCGUCUUGGUGCUCGUGUAUAGCUUUGUGGUGCUUAUCGAUUUUAUGAUGAGUACGGUUUUCUUCUUUAGUUGCAAGUCGUGUAGUUUAGAAGCCGUCGAGUGUGGAAUGUAAACGCAUUUUAGAAGUGUAGUUUGUUUUUCUUGCUUCGUCGGGACAAUAACCAUCGUCAAGUUGCAACAAUUGAAGAGGUUGAUAACAAAACACUAACUAUUCAGAGAACAAAAAGAACAAACAAAUUUAUUUAGUUUA